ACUGAUAUUUUCUCCAUAAUUGGUUCAAAAUUAGUUCACGCAAACUAUGAACUUAAAUAUAAAAAGAGAUAGAUUCUCAUAUAUUAGAGUGAAUAUUAUUUUUUAACUUUUAAAUUUGUUUCACGACGUUUCUUAAAAUUGUUAUAUUUAGUGAAAAAAAUUGUGCAAAAUAUAAGCUCGGUUAUACAAUAGAAUGAUAUGAUAUAUCUAACUUGAAAUUUUUGAGUUUUAAUAAUUCGAUGUGACACAUAGCGGCAACGAAUUUCUAAAAGAUUAAUGAAACACUUUAAAUAUUUUCAAAAAUAUUAUGUUAUUUAAAAUUAAAAUUUUAUUUAUAUAUACUGUGAAUAUUAAAACAGAUUUGAGCAUUAUCAUACAAGUGAGCCUAAGGGCAGCCUACUUAAAAGAUGUAUUCUUCUAAAAUAGAAAAUCAGACAAGAUUUUCUAUGUCUAUUCUCUCAAUAUCAUAUACAUAUAUGAAAUUGUUUUACGAAGUGGUUUUGGGAUGAAAAAAUAUGAGUAUUAUUGGGUUAUUCAAAUAUCACUUUCAAAACAUUUUAACAAGUCUGGCUAUCGAUAAAUAAAUCAAGUUUUAAAUCCAGAAUUGAAGAUAAUCAGGCUUUUAGUAAAAGGAUAUACAGGGUCCGGCAAAAGCAUGGAAACCCCUAAAUUUUACGAAGACUAAGCAUUUUAGAGAAAAUUGCUUCAGACAAAAGUUGUAUGGUUUCAAAUAGCGCAUUACACAGCAAUAUCGGUAUGACUUUGAAGAGUGUUGUCAAGGUCACAUGAAUGUCAUCUUCAAUUUCUUAAAUGGAAAUCCCCAUUUUUUAUUGCAUAUUCUUGUAGCUUAUCUCGAGAGCUUUCCAAAACACUAUAAUACAGCCUUUUUUCAUUAAGUACUUUUCGAGUUAUGGAGCUUGAAAGUUACGGUAUCGUGGGUUUGAUCGUUUUAUGCGCUAUACACACGUCGACACUUUUGUGUCUAGAUCGAGUGUAUACAUUAAGUGUCGACGUGUGUACAGCGCUUGAGACCGUGUUGCUAAAGAAAAUUGCAGUGUCUCAAUUGUUUCUGCAAUUCACGUAUGGACACGUCCAAACGAGUAUUGCAUGGCGCUCUAGUGUAUUUCCAAUCAGACGGUUUUAGUAAGUGUCGUGAUAAUGUCGAAGUUUGACUGGACGAAAGUAAAAACAAAACUUUUAAUUUCCCUUUUGGAAGGGCUCCCGCACUUAUGGGACGUCUCGCAGGCUGAUUAUAAAAAUCAUUCAAAUCGUACAGCUUCAAUUGAACAACUCGCGCAGCAAUUUAAUACUGAUUCUGGAGAAAUCAUCUCUCUUUUCUUCACCCACUUCUUCAUCCAUAAUUUUCUUUUUCGUCUUCUAUGUUUUCUUUUUAUCACGAUACAAGCGACUAUCACAGCAGCGAGCAUACAUUCUUCCAUAUUGACUGAUUUAAAUCGACUCCCAAUCUAGCCGAAAUGUAGAGAAGUGUAGACAGACGCGAUACUUUUUGCCGAUAUCUAGACCCGACAUAAGUGUAUGACACUACUCUAUCCUCAAAAACUGCAAUACGUAUGGACGGUAAUGACACUGAUCUAGACAUAAGUGUCCGCUCUAGGUGUCAUCGUGUAUACGCGCUAUUAGAAUACAUUCUGAAAGUGGCUUCCAUUGACUUCCUGACAGUAUGCCAAUCUGUGAUAAAACGCAGAAAUAGCUUUAUGAUUAUAUUCAGCAGGUAUUAAAGCUGCUUCAUCUCUUAUUCGCUGCCUCAAUUCUUGGAUGCUUUGAGGUUUUGUUUCGUAAACCUUACUCUUUAGGUAACCCCAAAAGUAAUAAUCAAGAGGACUUACAAUUAGAUCUGGUGACCGUGGUGGCCAAUCUUCUCCUCCCUCAUUUUGGUUCCUUCUUCUUCCUGUCCACCUUCGUGGGUAAACCUCAUUUAAAAUUCGACGUGGUCUUGCACCAAAAUGAGGCGAAGCUCCAUCAUAUUGAAACCAUAUUUGCUCGAAGUUAUUCGGAAAAAUAUUUUGUAUGGCUGGAAUUAUUUGAUCUACAAGUAAUCCCUAGUACAUUUGAGCAUUAAGAUUUCUCUAAAAAAAAAACGGCCCUAUCAAAUAAGUAUCUAUCAUGUUACACCAUACAUUUACUUUUUGUGGGUAUUGUGUAUGAGUUUCCCGCACCCAAUAGGAGGCUUUACACGUACAAUCUUUCCCACACGCAGGAACGUACAGUUUUACGCGAGGUAAAGACCGUGCCUAUAUUCACACUGGUUAAAAUUUGUCACUUAAAAUGUAUGCACAUUCUUUCGCGAGUGACUUAUAAGCACGCGCGAAAGAACGAACGUGUAAAGCCGAAUUGUGCGUGCAUCACUGCAUGAAAUGCACGAAACAGCAGAAGGUGUGGAGCACGUAAAAUUACACACGUACGCUCUUUCCUGCUCGAUUGCGCGAAGGGAGAAAAGGAAAGCGUGUUGACAAUUGCGCAUCUAAAUCCUGUCAUGUCCGCGAUUUGCGAAUGAGAAUACACUUUUAUCGCAAAAAUGGAUAUUCGGCUAUGGUUAAAAGAAUUAAUUACCGAUUUUAUUAAUAUGUACAAGUGUUAUCCUUGUUUGUGGAAAAUAAAAAGUGAUGAAUAUAAAAAUAGAAAUUUACGUGAUGAAGCAUAUAAAACAUUAAUUGAGUUUUGUAAAAUGCGAGGAUUUCCCGAUGCAAACAGAGAUUUUAUAGUAAAAAAAAUUCAGAGUCUUAGAGGAUCUUUCAGAAAGGAAACAAAAAAAAUUCAAGAAAGUCAACAUAGCGGUCGUGGAACUGAAGAAACAUAUGUCUCAUCAUUAUGGUAUUAUGACUUAUUACUGUUUACAAAAGAUCAAGAGCUUUCAGCUGACAGUGUGUCUAACAUAGACACUCAAGAAGACAUUCAGGAUGCCAGAAAUGAGGAGAAUAAAGAAGAGGAAGAAAGCGAAAUAGAAGAAUCAAGUACUUCCAGACAAAAUGCACAAAAAAAUGACAUUGGAACGGUUGUUCAACCCGCAGUAAAACCGAAGAAAAGAAAAAUUGCCGAUUCCCAUACUGAAUUCCUUGAAAUGUGUACCGCCACUUUAAAGGCCAAUAAUCAGCCAAUAAAUGAAUUCGACGCAAUUGGCAUAAACGUUUCCAAACAGUUAGCAAAGAUGGAACCAGUACAGGCUGUGUACGCCGAGUAUUUAAUUAAUAAUAUUCUUCAAAAAGGCUUAUUAAAUAAAUUGACGGAUGAAACAAAAAUUGUACAGAAAUUGCACAGCAAUUGCGUCUUCACGAUCAUCUACGUCUACUACAUCAUCUCAAAUACUUCAACCUGAAGAAACAAAUAUCGUGCCCCAUGAAUAUUAAAAAUGAAAUAUUAAAUGAAAAUUCAGAUUUUUGUUUUUAGU